AUGGCUCCUCGGAGUGAGGGUCCUUCAAUCCAGUUGAUAGCCCUGGUCCUUCCGCGUCAACUCACGGCCUACUCUGGCGCAGGCCCUCUCGGCUCCAGGACUUGGUCGCACACUCAAGGAGUGCUACUCGCCGAUCCUGACUUCAGUGCUGAAGAUCCAGUAGAUCUCCUCCUUGGCGCCGACAUUUAUAGCGAAAUUCUCUUGCCUGGUCUACGGAAGGGAUGGAUACUCUUCGAAGCCGCCGAAGACGGACCUUCUCCGACAACAAUGCGCUCACAUCAAUGCCAAGUGGAGGAAGACCUCUCCGAGAUGGUGCGACAUCUAUGGGCACAGGAGGAGCUCCCCUCCGCUCCACUUGCUCUCUCCAAGGCUGAAGUCGAGUGCGAAGAAGCACUACGUUCGCACCCAUUUUCGGAAGGCCGACGGCCGCAAUACAUAGAGCUCGGAUACAUGCAGCCGGUGCGAGCUCCAGCUGACAACACAGCAGUCUGCUAUUUACCUCAUCAAGGAGUCCUGCGGAAAUCUAGCGUCACGACCAAACUCCGAGUAGUCUUUAAUGGCUCGGCGAUUGUGACAACGGGUUCCUCUCUGAAUCAGCAUCUGCACAGCGGACCCAAUCUUCUACCGACUCUAGCGGACGUGCUUCUUCGAUGGCGACGCCAUCGCUACGUGCUCGCCACGGACAUCGAAAAGAUGUACCGGCAGAUCGAAGUCCAUCAUCAAGAUCGAGAUCUACAAAGAAUACUGUGGCAGUCAAGCCCUGAAGACAACAUACAGGAGUACCAACUCAAAACCGUAACUUACGGACUAUCCUGCGCACCUUUUCUUGCCAUUCGCACACUGCAUCAACUUGCUCUUGAUGAGAAGUCAAGCUACCCGCUCGGAGCGUCUGCCCUUCUCAAGGAUAUCUAUAUGGACGACGUCCUCACCGGCGCAUCCACGCUCAAAGAAGCCAAGGAUCUUCUGCGGCAGUUGACCAGAAUCUGCAGGGCGGGCGGUUUUCCGCUUAAAAAAUGGUCCGCUAAUGAUGCCGCUCUACUCAGCGACGUACCCGCCGAGGAUCGGCUACAACGUGAACCUCGGUGGUGGUUACCCGGAGAAAGUCAUUCGACUCUGGGCUUGCUUUGGCACCCUCACGAGGACUCUUUCGCCUUUUCAAUGUCCAUUACUCAGCCGAACGUCUUCUCAAAACGUACUGUCCUCUCCUUGACAGCCAGAUUGUUUGAUCCGCUGGGGUGGCUCUCCCCCGUGACGGUAUGGGCUAAGAUCUGGAUCCAAGCCACCUGGUUGCGAGGCGUCGAGUGGGAUGACUCUUUGCCCGAGAAUGACGUCCAUCAAUGGAGAAGCUGGCAGGCAGAGCUCCCGCACCUAGGGGACAUCAGGAUUCCUCGCUGGCUUGCGUCUGGACCAAAUGACAGUACACAGGAAAUCCAUGGAUUUGCCGACGCCUCAGAGAAAGCUUUCGCCGCCGUAGUCUACCUGCUCAUACGAGACAAGGACAAUCAAGUCAAGGUAACUCUUCUCUCUGCCAAAACUAAAGUAGCACCUCUGAAGCAGGUUACCUUACCUCGGUUGGAGUUGUGCGCCGCUACCCUGCUGACACGGCUUGUCGCUCACACCCGCCUAACUCUGGAUGCCGCGACCACCUCGAUGUAUAUGUGGACUGACUCCACUAUCGUCUUAGGAUGGAUCCGAGGCCACCCAGCUUCCUGGAAGACUUACGUGGCUAAUAGGGUCAGCGAAAUCCAAACCACGUUACCAGACGUCGCGUGGCACCACACUCCUGGAGGAGACAAUCCAGCCGACUGCUUCUCGAGGCCUGUCUCCCUCGGAGUUGAAAGAUCACCCACUCUGGUGGAGCGGCCCCCCCCUGGUUACAAGGAGGUCGAGAACAAUGGCCGCCCGAUCCUGCCCGCAUCCACGACGCCGAACUGCCUGAGCUUCGCCUCGGCGUCCACCAAACCACUGUAA